AGAAAGUGUCCGGACUGGAAGGGGGGAAAGUGUCCGGACUGGAAGGGGGUGAAAGUGUCCGGACUGGAAGGGGGUGAAAGUGUCCGGACUGGAAGGGGGUGGAAGUGUCCGGACUGGAAGGGGGGGAAAGUGUCCCGGACUGGAAGGGGGGAAAGUGUCCGGACUGGAAGGGGGGGAAAGUGUCCGGACUGGAAGGGGGUGGAAGUGUCCGGACUGGAAGGGGGGGAAAGUGUCCGGACUGGAAGGGGGGUGAAAGUGUCUGGACUGGAAGGGGGUGAAAGUGUCCGGACUGGA